GGUCAAGUCGAUAAUUAAGCUCAACAGAGUUAAGAAAGAAAGCUUUUCACGACAAGAAAAGAAAGACCCCGACAGCUCCGUGUGAACUACCCAGAGUAUCAGUCUUAAUGACUAUGGCAGUCCAGCCGGCACCAACGACCGGUAAUGUACAAAUGCCAGGUCUCCUUCGUCUGCCACUCGAGCUACGGAACCAGAUUUACCGUUACUUGAUCCCGAUAAAGCGCAUUAUCGAAGUAUCCUAUCCUCGCUUCAAAUACACGAUCUCGAACAAAGGAACGCUAGGACUGGAUAUCGCGGGCUUAGAUAUAGAAGAGGAUGUCUCUGACUCCGAUGAUUCUCGUUUAGAGCAAGGAAACGGAGGGUAGCGAUCCCGAAUCUGGUCUACUGGAAGACACACACAUGAAAGACGUUGCGGAUUUUGGUGGCUAUACAAACUCAGUAUACGAAAUAGAUUGGGAUCAAGUCACUACCUCUUGGGGCACAGAUAGAAAGAAGAAUAGCAUUUUCCUGGUAUGUAAACAAAUUUCGGAUAAAGCCCUGGAUAUUAUAUAUGGCGAGAAUGCCUUUAGGCAUUAUCUCCACGCAGAGGGAGAUCUUUGUCUCAAGAGGAACUUUACCGACGCAAACAGACGCCGAAUGCGAAUGCUGCUCCUUACAGCAGAGCACAGGAGCUGGAUCGGGGAGAUUACCCCCGACAUUGCAAUGUGGUCUUCUAUUAUUCCAACGUUGAACAUUUUACGCCUGGUCGCGGAGCAGCCUGUCCAAGAGACAUACUGGAAUGCUCCUCCACUUGAGAAGGAAAUGGAGAGCUGGUUUAUGUUCAUGCGAGCUUUUCUGAAUUGCUUUUAUCAUUUAUUAGAAGGCAAGUUACUGGAGGUGGAUUUUAAUGGGAAAACAGAGACAGGCGAGGUGGUGAAGGAAUGUAUGUUAGGUGGGUAUCGCGAGGUGCGAUGCAGGCUUUCUGGUGAUCUCAUGUUUCGGAGAGGUCCGUUCUCGUACAAUUCAGGGUAUUGGGAUAAUGAUGACCGAGGCUUUGGCUCGUGGGAUGCAUAGUGUGGGUGUGAGAGCUAGGUAGCUGUGUAGGAACGAUCUUUACCUUUGGUCUUUUAUCUUGGAUUUACCUUGGCUCUUUGCAUUUUUGAGCUGCAUCUAUUACCGAGGAGCAAUUCGCAUUUCACAAAGCUGCACGAGUUUAAAGCGAUGUACGAGCGGGCGCCGAAGCCAUUCGAGAAGGCCCUCAAACCGGAGCACACAUCGACACUUUUGACGGUCAACGACCUGGGCAACCCGACGGAAACCACUGUUGGCCUUGGGCCUUCUCUUCCCUCGAAGGUCGCCCGGUGCACGAUAAUUCGGGGGUAAAGAUGGGGACAUUGCUACGAGACAGAUAAGAAUGCAGUGUUGGGUCG